AUGGCUCGUUCCUUAGUGGCCGUCGUGCCACUGUUAGUUGGGUGUGUCAUUUGCCAAUCGCUCAUCACAGAUAUUAGCAACGAGACAUCCCUCGUCGAACGCGAUGGUUUUGGUCCCGCCUUCACCGUUGAUACUUCACAGAACGGCGUGUGCUCAUCAAUUCUACCAGCAGGAGGCAUCAAGUCUGGAAAUAUUAUUUGGGCCAAUCAAGGUGUAGACCUGGCUAUGAUACAGGAACUGACUGCCUUUCCCGUCGGCAGCGGCGCUACGUUCAUAGACGGUGGGUGGACACACGCUUUCCUCCAGGAGCGCGCUUCGGUCGUACCGGACCAAGCAGUGGAUUGCCGGCGCACCGAUACUUUCUGUACCGUCAGGAAGACUUGUGCCGACUAUAAGAGCGUUCCAUUCUUGUUGGCUGCGAUAUCGAUUGAGAAUAUCCACCGGUCAUUAUCGGCGCAGAUCAAUGCUUAUGAUCGCGUCAUUGCUCAACUCGACGCCGGCAACCAAGCGAGUAUCAGGGCUCUCCUUAGGGAUAUGUCAUUCCCCAACACGAGGGGCUUCAGUUUCAGCGCUUUCCUCGAUGGCUUCCUCCUUGGUGUAGACCUCAUUGGCGGUAUCUCGGAGACGUUGCUAAAGUCCAUUGGGACAGCAAUUAAAGAAGGAAUCGAGGCAGCCAUCGAUUCCGCCAUCCAGCCAGCAAUUGAUGCGAAACUCGACAUUUUCACAGACGCCAGCCCAGUUGUUAAUGGUUUACGAGAUGUACAGAACUCUCUGAAGGCGGGUUCCUUUCUCGAGCCUCUCCCGAGUGAUGAAGAGAUGAUUUCUACCGCAGCCGCCGACAUCUUCAAGCAAACAAAGGCUCGUCUCCUUGCCGGCUUGUGGAUGAGCCAAGAUGUUGAAAUCAUCAUCAGCGAGCCCGUGUUUUGCGACCGAUCGAAAGGCACUGCAGGCGGUGGCAACUGUGCUACUAAUGGCUGCAGUGAGAUCAGAUUCUUGGGCAACGUCAAUGGUAAGAGUCUAUGUCUCGAAGUUGGCGCCGGCAAGGAUCUUCCGCAGGCGCUGGUCUUUGGUGAGCUACAAAAGUUUGGUCUCAACAUCCAAGACAUUUCCCAGAAUGCAGCAGCAUGUAAUGAUGCUGGCGGCUCAGGCAUAUUCCCACCUGCAGAUAGUGACAUCCUAGAAUUCGGCUUUCCUCGUUGCACUUUCCCAUUCAAGAAACUGGAGAAUAGACAAUAA